AGCGUCUCCCUCCCUCCCUCCGCAGGGAGAGAUCCGUCCAGCCUGAGCAGCGGGGAGAGAAAAGCGCACAUUACUGCCACUAACGCCGACUGUUCGUACAAACCCGGCCAGCCGCUCUCCUUUACGGGCCCAACGUUAUGCCGAACCCGUAGCGUUUGGUUUUGAAGCCAGAAGAGAGGAAGAUCAUGCGGUUUCGAAGGAGACAGAGAGGACUGGAAGCAGCGCUGAGUUCAGGGGAGAUCUUUCAUUAGCCUGUUAGCUAACGAGGCGGCUAGCUUAGCCUGCUGGAGAAGUUCGAAGGUGGGGAGAGAUUGGGGUUAAAGUCGGGCUACCUCAUUAUUAGCGCUUUUUUGUUGUUAUUCUCUUUACAAAUGGGAGUUUGGCUUCGUCACACUGGUGGGUACGGUGUGUGAGGCUGACGGUUGAAGCUGAAGGUCUGAAGCGGCUGUUUUGUUUACGGCUCUCUCUCUGUCUCUCUCUCUCUCACGGUAACAGCUGAGUGGAGCUGGAGCAGCCCUAGCUACCGUUAGCGCUCCUUAAUCACCCCGUGUCUGCUUUGUGAAGGCAGGGCAGCAGGCCAUGGACUGAACAGCCGCUCCUCCACCCGCUAAAAAGGUAUUAGCACGCUAACGUGCUGGCUGGCCGCUUGUCUGUUUACACAAAGUCGGAUUCAGACCUAUAAAUUUUAUCUCCGUGCUCCAGAAAAGCACACAGAGACUCGGGGCUGGACCGUGCAGAGGAGAGAGCCUGUACUUUCAGACCAUGUUCUGGAUGGUGGAGUCGUCAGUCACAUAUUGGACGAAAGCCUCGUGAAGAUCACACCCGGAUUAUUAUUAUUAUUUCUAUUCUAUUCUGAGCCGCCACAUUUGGGACCUUAACGCAAGCUGUGGGAAUCGAUUAGCCAGCUACAAACAUAGACGGCUGUUCAUCAUGUCUACCGCGAAGGAAAACCCUUGCAGGAAGUUUCAAGCAAAUAUCUUCAACAAAAGCAAGUGCCAGAACUGCUUCAAACCUCGGGAGCUGCACCUUCUGACCGACCAAGACCUAAACCAGGCCAAACCUAUCUAUGGAGGAUGGCUGUGCUUGGCUCCAGAAGGAACGGAUUUCGACAAUCCCAUGCACAGAUCUCGUAAAUGGCAGCGGCGAUUCUUUGUCCUGUAUGAACAUGGCUGCCUGCGCUUCGCCCUGGAUGAAUCGCCAAGCACACUACCGCAGGGAACUGUCAACAUGAACCUGUGCACAGAUGUGAUCGAUGCUGAACCUAAGACCGGCCAGAAGAAUGCACUGUGUAUCAUCACUCCUGAUCAGGAGUACUACAUCCGGGGAGAUAACAAAGAAAUUAUCAAUGGGUGGAGUGAACAGCUGGUUGUGUAUCCAAGGACCAACAAGCAGAAUCAGAAGAAGAAGCGCAAGGUGGAGCCGACAACUUCGCAGGAGCCUGGUCCGGCUAAGGUAGCUGUGACUGGUUCAGGCAUUCCCGAAGCAGAGAAGGUUCCAGACUCCAGCUCCAUCAUAUGGCAGGAGGAGUUGCACAACAGAGAAGCAGAUGUGGCGCAGGUGUGGGCUUCCACAGAAAUGUCACCACAGAGCGCAAUGUUGCCCUCUGCAGCCGAGGAAGUGUUAAUGGGUCGUGGUUCGGACCAGGGCUCAGUGAAUGGAGACGAGGUGGAUCGGAGCGGGUUCUCCUUCCCACCUGUGGUCUCUCAUCCACCCCAGGACCUCCUGUCACCCACAGGAAGCUCUUCUAGCCGGCACAGCGGGGAGCUAGGGGGCAUCCCACGAUGCCUGUCUCCGGCGCCUAGCGACCCCUUUCCUUCAGGCAGCAGCCUUCUGUCCAAUGGCUCACACAUCAGUGGUUCCAUGAGCUCCCUGGACUCGGACGCCAGCGGCAGCACAGUCACUAGCACCGAAAGCCACCCGGCCGAGCCUCUGGGCCGAGCACACCGGGCCCUCCACGACCCCCCUUACUCACGCCGCCUCGAGGGAGAGGCACGCAAGGCUGAGAAACGAAGUCGCCUCCGCAGCCCUGAGAGGCAGAAUAGAGAGCCUCUCUUCAGCCCAGAGAGAAGCGGACGUUCAAAUGUGAUAGAGAAGCUGGAGGCUUUAGAGCUGGAGAACGCUGAGCGGAUGGAGGUGGAGGAGACAAGUCGCGGCGAGACCAGACAGGGCCGUAGUGAAACUAGACGCUUCCAAAGACAGGAUCAAAAGCUUGACCAAGCACAAGGUGUAGACUUCCACCAUUCCACUCUGCCACCACUGAGAAGAGCCAAGUCACUGGACCGCAGGACAACAGAGUCAGUCAUGACACCAGAUUUGCUAAACUUCAAGAAAGGCUGGAUGGUGAAACUUGACGAGCAAGGACAGUGGAAGAAGUAUUGGUUUGUACUGACGGACCACAGUCUGCGAUACUACAAGGAUUCAAUUGCUGAGGAGGCUUCUGACCUGGAUGGGGAAAUUGACCUCAGUACAUGUUAUAAUGUAACGGAGUAUCAAGCCCAGCGAAACUAUGGCUUCCAGAUUCAUACCCAGGAGGGAGUGCACACCCUCUCUGCCAUGACAGCAGGAAUACGACGCAACUGGAUUCAGGCUGUCAUGAAAAACGUGCGCCCCUCCACUGCCCCAGAUGUUGCUAGCCUGACUGAUGACCAUGCUCCCUGUGGCCCUUUUGAGAGUCUUGUCCGGCCCGACAUCACUCAGGACUCUCCCUCCUCCGAGACCUCCUCUGUAGAGCGAGAGCCCAAGAAGAGUCGUGCACGAGAGAGACGGCGCGAGGGCCGAUCUAAAACUUUUGACUGGGCCGAGUUCCGCCCCAUAGCUCAGGCCCUGGCCCAGCAGAGAGUUCAGGAGGUGGACGCUCUUCAGGCUCAGCUGGCUGACCCAGAGCGCAAUAAGAGGAGGGAGGAGAGGCGGAGGAGGUAUGAGAGUGUGACGGGGAGCUCGUCUUUCGAACCCACUACUGACAAUAGCAAGAUGGACUUUGAGAGCGUGGGCGUUGUGUGUCCGCCAUCCCCGGAGCGGCAGCAGAAAGUGGAGGAUGAGAUUGAGCAGCGCUGGCAGCAGGUGGAGAAGACUCCCAUCAGGGAGGAGAGGAGGGUUCCUCUGGCCACAUCACUACAGAACAGAGAUUCCGCUGAACUUGAAAAGCUACUAGAGAACUACAAAAAGGGGGUAGAAGAUCUAAAAUCUGAAUUAGAAACUUGCUACCAGCAUCUGGCUGAUUCAAACCACCACAAGUUGGAAUUAGAGGAUCAGCUCAAAGCUGCUCUAGAACGGGAGCAUCAGAUCCGUGCUGGGUACAUCUCACCGCUGGAGUCACCUUUGAGUCUUGAGACAAAGCCCCAGAUGAAGAGGCCAGAACUGGUUAGUUCACAAGCUCAGAGCUUAACAAAGAAGUACCAGGAAACCAAAGAGCUUCUCCAGCUGCAAGAACUGAAAAAGCGCAACAUGCAGGCACAGCUUGGCCUUUCUCUUUCACACCUGUCCACCACGGAACCUCACUUUUCUGACACCACAAAAACCUCCACCUCAGAGACACUUUCUUCUGCACCUAUUAAAAAAGCAGUCACUCUUGUGCUUCUGGAUGAUGAGGGAAAGAUCAGAGAGCUUGAGGAUUUGAUAGAUGUUAGUAAGCCUUUGUCAGUUAAGGAGGUGAUAAGGCUGCUGUUCUCUCACAGUGAUUCAGUACUGUCUGAUUUUCCUCUAGAAAAGAAUGAACUAGAUAGGUCAGGCGACAUUACAAAGUGUCAUGAACUUUUGGAGUGUCUUAAAAACCAGCAGGAAAUAGAGAACGAGACCGUGCGGAAGAGUUUGGCAAAGGCUGGGGACAGCAUUCGUAAUUAUGAAGCUCGUCUUAUCACCAUGGAGGACAUGCUGGGGAGGGUCCAGAGACAAGAGGGUCUCAGAAAUCCUUGCACGUCUCCUUGUCAGAGAGAUGAAUCUACUCAAAUGACCAACCGAGGUCUGUCUCAGAGGGUUGAAAUACUAACAAGUGAAAAUGAAGCGCUGAACCAACGGUAUCAGGAAAUUGUCAACCAAAUGAGAGAGGCAGAUAGGGAAAUAGACAGGCUGAAAGCAGAGCUUCAAAGACUCCACAGUGGGCACCCUUAUCAGAAGGGUAGAGAAAACCAGGACAUGUUGGAGAAGGAGGACUUAGACGUUACAGCCUUGAAGAACUUUUAUGAACAAGAACUCAGCGACAAGUCAAAGCAGCUUCAAGAAGCUCUAGUUAAGAUGGAGGUCAUGAGCCACAGUUUAAAAGAGACAGAAAAACGAUUACAGCUCAAGGAAGCUACUCUGAAAGGCCUCGGCUUUCAAGUGUCUGAGAAUGAGCAGAAUGAAACACUGCUGGAGAAGGAGCAGCUCAGGCAACACAUCAAGGUCAUGGAGUCCAAGCUUUCUGAAAAGGAAAUGUUGAUUCAUUCUGCUGAUCAGACUUGUAGAGACCUUCAGGCACUGAAUGAAGAGCUUCAACUGAAAAGCCAAGAAUCUGAAAGAACUUUUAAUCAAAUGCUGAUAGAGGCUAAAGAGGAGAUUCGAAUGUUGCAAGAGAAAGUUAGUGUGGAGGUGGAGUCCGAUAAAGAAUGUAGAGGAAAUAGUGAGUGCCAGGAGUUAAUGCAGGCCAAAGAAGAGAUGAUUCAGGAAGUGUUGGAAGGGUUUAAGAGAAGGUCUGAUGCACUUUACCAAGUGUUGGGCAUGUUGAUGAAGGCCAGUGAGGAAAAUCAGGAAAAUCUGUCCAGCGUUGGUGUUGAGGAGGAAGGUGUGGGAAGGAGUUGGGCCGGCAUGGUGAAGGUAUUGUUUGAACGUGAUCUUUUAAGUAGAGUUUUAGAUGGUAUUGAGAGUAGUCAAACUGGUGAAGGAGAUUUUGUUAUAAAAGAUGUUGUAGAGCGUAUGUUAGCGGAAAAUAAAAUCCAGUUUUCCAAGAUGAAGCUGUUUACGGAACAAAAGAUUGGAGAACCUUUAAAUGCGGGAAGUGCUGAGCAUGGAAAUUUGAUAGGUGAUCAAGGAAAAAUGACAGAUGACGGUAUGCUUAGUGGUGUCAUUAUGAAAGAACUUACUGAAGCAGUGCAAAGUAAGGUAGCCCUGUUGAAUCAGAUUGCUUUGAGCAGUUAUGAACCUGGGAAUGACCUCCUCAUCCAGUCCUUGCCUUCAGCUUCUUUUACUCCUAUCUUUGCAUCUCAACAAGGACAGUGGAUUCAGUGCAUUCGUGAUGCUGUGUUAGAUGUAACUUGCAAUUAUCUUCUAAUACGUCAGAAACAUCAACAGAAGAUUGAAUUACAGUCAGUCCUGGAUGCAAGCAAAGCUGACUGUGCUAAUUGUUUUCAGUUAAAAGAGCAAAACAUGGAGCUGAAAUUAAAGCUUGAGCAAUUGUUAGACCACCAGAAUCCUAUCAGUGACGACUUACAGCCAGUGACCCACAUCCAGAUUGAGGGGGAACCAAUUGAUUCUCUGGACAAGGCAAUUCAGUUGCAAGACACGGUAGCUAAACAUAAGAAGGAGCUUAGAGAGUUGAGGGAGGUCUAUGAGAAAGAAGCAGUUAAUCUACGUCAAGAAGUAGCCAAAGCUGGAGAAACCCUAAGACUGAGGUCAGAGGAGAAUGUGAAAGAGAUCGACUCUCUGACCGUCUGCAUGGAGAAUCUGAAGGAGAAGCACGAAACUGAGCGGAAUGUCUUGGUAGAACGUUUCAACCAGGAGCUAACUGAGCUUCACGAUGCAUUGGGCCAUUAUGGAGCUGACCUUGCAGAAGAAGGCAAACCUGAUCCAGCUUCCAUCAAGCAACAGAUCCAAAAGCUAGUGGCACAAGUGUCUCUCAUGACCGAAGAGAUGAAACGUCAAGAUCGCGACGGGGAGGCUGCAUUACUUCGUCUGAAAUACGCGAAAGACCUGGAAAACCUAAAGGCCACAUGUGAGCGAGGCUUUGCUGCCAUGGAGGAGUCCCAUCAAAAGGUGAUAGACGAGCUGCAGAGAAAACACCAGCGGGAACUGGAGAACCUGCACGAGGAGAAGGAGAGGCUUUUAGCAGAGGAGACAGCGGCCACCAUUGCUGCUAUUGAAGCAAUGAAGAACGCACAUCGAAAUGAGCUGGAAAAAGAGUUGGACAAAGCGCGGAAGGCAAAUAGCAAUACUGAAAAUGCAGACAUUGAAGAGAUUCGCAGACAACAUGAGGAGGAGCUGCUGUCAUUCCAGAGGGAGAUUGAAGUGCUGUCAGAGCAGUACUCACAGAAGUGCCUGGAAAAUGCUCACCUGGCACAGGCACUAGAGGCAGAGAGGCAGGCCCUGCGCCAGUGCCAACGAGAGAAUCAAGAGCUUAAUGCGCACAACCAGGAGCUGAAUAAUCGUCUGGCUGCUGAGAUAACAAAAAUGAGAUCAAUGGCCAGUGAGGAUGGAGGAGAAGCUGGAACAGUCAUUCAAGGAAAAGAACUGUAUGAACUGGAGGUAAUGCUGAGGGUGAAGGAGUCAGAAGUGCAGUAUCUGAAGCAGGAGAUCAACUCAUUAAAAGACGAGCUACAAACCGCCCAAAGAGAUAAGAAAUAUGCAACAGAUAAGUAUAAGGACAUCUACACAGAGCUGAGCAUUGUGAAGGCCAAAGCUGAGCGGGACCUGGGGCGGCUGCGAGAUCAGCUCCAGCUGGCCCACGAAGCCCUGGGAGAGCCUUCACCAGAGGAGGUGCAGCGAGGAGGUUAUGAUAUCAUGAAAUCAAAGAGCAAUCCAGAUAUCCUGAAGAUGGCUGCAGUGGCUGCGAAACGCUCGGAGCGUGCCAUGAGGUCAAAGUCUGUGAAUCGUGACAUGCCCUGGGACAGCUAAAGACUUAAAGGUGAAGACCUACUGACUGCUAAUUUUAGAGUCUCAAGGAAGGCUUAACGGCAGAGCAAAGACUCCACUUGUUUGACAACAAGGACACUAAGGAGUUCUGACAAUGACGCGUCCUCCUGACUUGCUGCAUGUUAUAACGAGGCCCACCGUAUUUUAGCCGCGCAAUUUAAUCACUUAGAAACACACACUGGUCACUGCACACGGCAUAUAUUAAACAUGGUAUGAAUUUUGAGUUUUAUGUCUGUAGUCUGCAUUCUGUGCACUUCAGUUACUGUGACAUUUUUUUUAUUACCAUGUCUUAAUGUAAAUAUUUGUUUUUAAUGAAGCCUCUGUCAUGCAUACACUAAAACUGACCGUGUAAGCUACUGUUUUAACUCUUUAGUAUGUGUGAAUAGCCAAAGGAUAAAUAAAUAUGUAAUGACUCAAAUAAUACUUACUUAAUAAAGAGUAGAAACAAUCAUACCUGCAGGUUUCCUUAUUACGCUAGAUGUGGUCUUCACAUUCCCUCUGGUUUCGUAUUAUUCGACCAAUGGUAAAAGGUAAAUUGGACAAAUUUGACACUGCUUAAUACCCAGAAGUGAACCUGUACAUGCUGAGUACUGAAUGUUUAAGUAUAGGACCAUUUUUUGAGACAUUGUCCAGUAAAUGCAAUGAACUUUUGAGGGCUUUUGUUAGUGUAAAAAUAUAUAUGAGUUUAUAUAGGGGUUCCCUUAUGUAAUCAUGAUGGUCAGUCCACUGAUUGGGAGGUCAUGGUUGUUUAGGAUUUUAUUUUUAUUUUGUUUGGUUUGUUUAUUUUUUUUCCUUCAUCUUGUCUCACUCUUCAAGCUGAUAAUGUCUGUAGUGUUGUUCAGUGGCAGUCCCUUGUAUUUAUUUAAAUGUCUUUUUUUUUGCUAACAUUUGCAUUCCUCUAUACAUUAUUAUUGUAAAUAUACCACAAAUGUACACCAACUGACAACAGGUUUAUUAGCAAUAAAUAUUUUUGCACCCUG